CUCUUCCUCUCCCCUUCGGGUUUGGGGGUCUCCCCCUCGCCCCGAGGGGAGGAGGCCGGCGGGGGGGCCGACCCCCCCACCGUGGCCAUCGCCAUCCUGGCCCGCAACGCCCAGCAUUCGCUGCCCCACUUCCUGGGGGCGCUGGAGCGCCUGGAGUACCCCAAGGAGCGCAUCUCCAUCUGGUGUGCGACCGACCACAAUGUGGACAACACAACUGAAAUACUACAUGAAUGGCUUACUGCGAUGGAAAGCCACUACCGGUACAUUGAAUGGAGGCCCGUGGAAGAGCCCAGCUCCUAUCCUGACGAACUUGGGCCCAAGCACUGGAGUAACGAGCGCUUUGAACACGUCAUGAGGCUUAAACAGGAGGCGCUGAGCUUUGCCCGAGCGGAACAGGCCGACUACAUUUUGUUUGCCGACACGGACAGCAUCCUGACGAACGAGCAGACCUUGAAGUUCCUCGUGGCCCAGAACCAAUCCGUCGUUGCGCCCAUGUUGGACUCCCAGACGUACUACUCGAACUUCUGGUGCGGGAUCACGCCUCAGGGUUACUACCGCAGGACGGCCGAUUACUUCCCUACGAAGAACCGCCAGCGCGUGGGAUGCUUCCCGGUCCCCAUGGUGUAUGGGGCCUUUUUGAUCGACCUUCGGAAGGCCGACACCGCCCGCCUCGCCUUUUAUCCCCCCCACCCCAGCUACACCUGGCCGUUUGACGACAUCAUUGUCUUCGCCUACGCCUGUCAGGCUGCAGGGGUCCAGAUGUAUUUGUGCAACCAGGAGCGUUUCGGCUACAUCAAUGUCCCUGUGAAGUCACAUCAGACGCUGGAGGACGAACGCAUUAACUUUGUGCACCUGAUCCUGGAGGCGAUGGUGGAUGGGCCACCCAUGUUCCCCUCCAGGAACAUUUACCUCCCCCCGAAGCACCCGACCAAAAUUGGGUUCGAUGAGAUCUUCCUCAUCAACUUGGCGCGGCGUCCGGAUCGGCGGCGGCGCAUGCUGGACGCUCUCCUGGAGCUGGAAAUCGAGCCCACGGUAGUGAACGCCGUGGAUGGAAGCGCCCUGAAUAGCAGCGACAUCAAGAAGCUGGGGGUGGACCUUCUCCCGGGUUAUUACGACCCUUUUUCGCGGAGGACGCUCACCAAAGGCGAGGUGGGCUGCUUCCUUAGCCACCACCAUAUCUGGAAGGAGAUCGUCGAGCGGGGACUGGCACGGUCCGUGGUGCUGGAGGACGACGUGAGGUUCGAGGCUCAUUUCAAGCAGCGGCUCACGAGGCUGAUAGAGGACCUGGCAGAGGCGCAGCUGGAGUGGGACCUGAUCUACCUGGGCAGGAAACAAGUGGACUCGGAGGUCGAGGAACGGGUAGAAGACGUCAGAAACCUCGUGGUCCCCAUGUAUUCCUAUUGGACCCUGGCCUACGUCAUUUCACAGGAGGGAGCUCGGAAACUGAUCGAUGCCCAGCCGCUCUCCAAAAUCUUGCCGGUAGACGAGUUUCUGCCCAUCAUGUACGACAAGCACCCCAAUGAGGAUUACAAAAAGCAUUUCCACCCCCGGGACCUGCGGGCUUUCUCCGUGCACCCCCUCUUGGCCUACCCGACCCACUACACCGGGGACCCUGAGUGGAUGAGCGACACGGAGACCUCCACCGUCUGGGACGACGACGGGCGCAAGACGGGCUGGAGUGGCUCGCAGAAGACCCUGAAAGAUGUGCGGGGUUCGGGCGGGAGCACCUCCGGACAUUCUUUUCACGCCACCUCCAGGGAUGAGUUGUAACGCCUGGCCGGGUUUCUUUCUACACCCCCAUGGAGUUGAGGAAAAGGGAAAAUUCUGGGUGAGCUUCUCCAGCCCCCCCCCAAUCUUCUUCUCUCUCAGGACACACUGUAAUUUGCUUGAACUGGGAACUGUGGUCCGACUGUCCAGCUGAGGCCGGAUCUGCCGUUGUCGAACCUCCCUGGAUGGAUGAGCCGCCUUCCGUCAACCACAAUGGAGGUGCUUUUUGCUCUCACAGCAACAUUUUCAUUCACCAGGACGAUGACAAGAUGGCGGUGAAAGGGCCUUAACUGGGACUCCCUCUGGAUACUUCUUUCCUUCUUCUUCCCUUUUAUGAGGAAGUUGGGACAAUUCUUUCUCUCCAGACUGCCCGAAUGCAGGCUGCUUUGUGCCAUCAACAAUUCCAGUUUCUUGAAAAUGCUAGUUCAGAUAAGUUAUUUGUACAAGGGUUGGGAGUAUUCUGUUCCUCCCCUUACAUUUUCUAGGGGGCUAAAGAAGAGACACUACUUGCCUCCAUAAACCAUCUUGGAGAUGACUGCUUUUUCUUAAAGACUCUGAUUCCAGACGAUGCUGGAGAGAAAAUAAGACUUUCCUUCUCUUACGUGUUCAUCUCAGGUUUUCUUUCCGUUUGCCUGAAACCCACAGACUCUUCAACUCAAAAGUUGUAUUUUUUUAAACACACGCACAUGCGCACACACUGCAAUGAACCAAGUAAAUUGCAGAUUAAACAAGCUCUUAUUUAAAUUUGG